CGGAGAAGUAACAUCUUCGUGUUCUUCACCGGUCCGGUACUUCAGUGCGUAAAGAAACCAUAUAACAUGCAAAACGAUACCACUUCAACCACCUAUGGCGACUAUACCACGGAUGCCGCCACAACCACCACCAUGAAAUUCCAAGACCAGCAAUUUGAUGGCGGCGUUAUGAACUCGCUAUACUCCUCUUCAUCUCCUAUGUUUUCUCCAGAAACUUCCCUCUCGCUCGCUCCAUACUUGGACCCUUCAUACCAGCAGUCUCGCCUCCUCAUGCAACAGCACCAAGACAUGGUCAACCGCCAUGCACUUUCACUCUCACGUCUCAGCGAAGCUGAGAAGGAAGCGGAAUCCCUUCGCCUGGAGAACGCCAGACUCCGGUCCGUCAACCGCGAGCUCAACAAGCAACUCAGCAUCUUAAUCCGAGCAUCCGUUCAAAACCACUUUAUUUCCUCCUCGGACUUUGAAAGUACGCCGUUUGACGUCCUCAACGGCUUUCGCAGCCUCUCCAUCUGUGGCGGAGACGAUCAGGAGCAUGCUGCUAGUUGGGAGGAUGUCUGCGAUGAGAGUCCAACGAGCGUGAUCGAGAGAGUGGAUGGAGAGAGGACUUCAUUGCCCAAGAGUAUCUCCAUUAGAUCCAACGGAUAUUUGAAGAUGAGUGUGCAGAACGGUAAUGGACAUGGUGGAAGGAGUACUCGUGGCGCGACUCGUCCUGGAACUUCUGGUUUGCUCAAUGAAACGCAAAAGGUGUACGUACAUGGAGGAAAGAAAGAAGAGGAGCCACUUGAACUUGAAGUGUACAACCAAGGAAUGUUCAAGACCGAGUUAUGCAACAAAUGGCAAGAGACUGGUUCAUGUCCAUAUGGCGAUCAUUGCCAAUUUGCUCACGGCAUUGAGGAGCUGCGCCCUGUCAUCCGCCACCCACGCUACAAGACCGAGGUCUGUAGGAUGGUCCUUGCUGGUGACGUUUGUCCCUACGGUCACCGAUGCCACUUCCGACAUGCCCUCACCGAGCAAGAGAGGUUUAUGGGUCAAGUGAAACCCAGGGCAAUCAAGCUUGAAAGGUAAAAGAAUAUCAGAGCUAUCUGAAUGAUGAUUAAUAUUUGAAGAUAGACUUUUCUGAACGGCUCACAUAGUAGAGGUUUUCCUACGAUUCUCUAAGAGGGAAGGUAAAUCAUGUUCAUAGAUAUAGAAAUAGAGGCUUUGAAUUUGUUGGAGAUAAAAUAAAAGACCAAAAAUAAUCGUAAUGUAGGAAGAAAGAAAAUAUUGAUACGUUGAGGCUUGAACGAGGCCGGGAAGCUA